UAUCAAAGACGGGUUCUUCAAGCUCUUAUUUCGCUCCUGAAAUGAAACUCGCUUUGUAUAGAGGCAUCCACCAGGGCCUACGGUGUUGCUCCUUGGGCAAGGAGGGCUGAUGAUGCUCAUGCAGCUCCCUGUGUGAUGAGGAAACAAGGGGGAAAAUCACUUGCCUGGCACCAGCUGGGUGUGCAAUUGCCUGGUGUCUGACUCCAAAGCCAAUGCUCUUCACCAUUCCCUUCAAUGCCUCUGAGCAGGUGGAGAGGGAUGAAUUCAACAGGAAACCUUGAGCUGGGAUGUAUGUAAAUUUAGUUCUCAAACAUCUUCAAAUAAAGAAAUGCUUAAAAAGAAUGGUCAACAGAGUAACAGAGAUAUGAAACCAACCCAGAAUUUCACAACAAUACCAACCACAAAGGCUUUUAACAAUGUGAGCAAAGAAGGACAUUUAGAAAAAGAACACUGGAAUGCCUUCAGUCAUCAUAACCCUGUCACUGUCUCUGCUGAUGGAAUUUCCUGCAUUCUCUUCUGGGCCAAAAGAAUAACAAUUAAAUUUAAGAAUCGUACCUGGCUGGACCUUACAGAUGAAGCAUUUGGUCAAAAGGCAAUAGUGGACUCGGGCGACUCAAACUGCAGUGAGGAAAGUGCCAUGUUGUCUUUGAAGUUUGGUGAUGACGAAAAUCCCCAAAGUCUUGAUAUAAGAUUCUUCCUUACCAAUUACAACAAAUGGUCCAGCCAGAGUUGGUUUAGUUUGCACCGAGUUGAGAUUAUUUUCAACAAUUCAGUCCAAGCAACUUUUAAUGUAACAGGCAUAUAUGCUCCAACAAGUUAUUCCUACCACUGCCAACGUGUCAGCAGCCUGCAGCAGCGUGAUGCCCUCUUGUUGCCCAGUGACACAGAUGAUGUGUCAAGCUUAUGGGAGGUCACCUUCGUUGAUUUCCAGAUCCAAGGCUUUACCAUCGAAGGGCGGCAGUUUGCCAAGGCCCGGGACUGCACCUCUUCCUUCUCUCCAGCUGUUUUGAUUGGCCUGGCCAUGUCCCUGAUCCUGCUGCUGGUGCUGGCCUACGCCCUGCACAUGCUCAUCUACUUGCGCUAUCUGGAUCGGCACUAUGAGUUUAUCACCUCUCCUGCUCACUUCCCACCGUUGAAAGCGAGAGACAUGGCAGAGGAGAAGGAGCUGCUCAGGAGCCAGGGAAUUGAGUGCUACGAACUGAGGAGCCAACAGAUCUGCAAGAUCUAUGUUUAACAGCCUGGGCCUCCCUCUUCCUCACCACGUCCACAAUGGCUCUGAAAGAGGUGGUUUCUCUUCUGUGUUGUUUGACUUGUGAAUGGCUUGAUUUAAAAAAAAAAACAAAAAACAAAAAACAAAAACACCAAAAAGAAAAUACAUAAUGCAUUGAUUUUGAAACAUCCACCUGUUACUCA